AGAACAGACCUCUCCCUCCUCCCCUGUCAGCUGGCAUUUCACUAUAAAUUAGGAGAAAUAACAUUUAGUCAUCUCUUCUAGUACUGCCUACAAUACAAACUAAACUUCCAAAACGGAAAUAUCACCUUUAAAACUAAGUGACAGUACCUCACAGCGACAGCAGAGGGCGCAACAAGACCAAGAGGCGUCAGGAGAAAGUACGGCUGAAGGAGCGAGAGCAGGGAGAGUCUGUUCUCCACACUAACGCACCUUAGCAUCCUGGUUCUCCGGCUAUGCACCUGCACCCUCUCUUUGCAGUCCUCCCCCUCCUCCUGUCCUCACCGGCGGUCGGACAGAGGUAGUGCGCACUGAGCAGAGGGAGUGCGCAAAGCGGUCGCCAUGCACCUGGAGAGAAACCACGCCGCCAAGCUGUCCAAGGGCUCAGCCGGAGACGCAGCAGCAUGCGGACCGAUGCUCUAACAGACGGGAUAAAGCAGCAGAGCACCGGGCGGAUAUCGGAGCUGCAGCAUGGGCGUGGGAGAGAGACGCACAGCCUAAUUGAAAGCUAUGUAAUUCCGCGGACAUAAGAAGACUGGGUGGGGGGAAGCUCAGCAGCGUUUGGUUCUAGAGUUGUCCCGGGUGUAUUGUGGGGCUCGGUUUGGUGGUUUGUUCUCUGAAAUUCACCAAACACACUACUUUUUUUCCCCCUUCAACCUCCGCUGGCGAUUGAAAGGAUGGAGAAAGGCGCACAGCAGCAGCAGCAGCAGCAGCUGUCCAAAAGCGCAGAGAGUCCGGCGGAGGACAUCUCUAAAAUAAACGACGAGGAGCUGCUGAAGUGGAGUAAAGAGGAGCUGGUGCGACGGCUGCGGAGGACAGAGGCAGAGAAGAGGGGCGUCAUCGUGGAGCAUGGCAAUCUGAUGCGGGAGGUGAACCGGAGACUCCAGCAGCAUCUGAAUGAAAUACGUAGUUUGAAGGACAUAAACCAGAAACUGCAGGAGGACAACCAGGAGCUGCGGGACCUGUGCUGCUUCCUGGAUGAUGACCGACAAAAAGGGAAACGGGUGUCGCGGGAGUGGCAGCGUCUCGGUCGCUACAGCGCAGGCCUGAUGAGGAAGGAGGUGGCCAUCUACCUGCAGAAGCUAAAGGAGCUGGAGCAGCGGCAGGUGGAGGUCAUCCGGGAGAACUUGGAGCUUAAGGAGGUGUGCCUCAUGCUGGAGGAGGAGAGGGCUGCUGCUGUGGCUGGCGGGGGAGGUGGAGGUGUGGGUGGGCAGGGAGGCCCUGGCCGCAGGAGCUCCAUCGACAGUCAGAGCAGCUUGUCUCAGAUAGGUGGAGGUGUCCCAGGACCUGGCCUGCUGCGGGAUGUUGGCGAUGGCAGCAGCACCUCCAGUGCAGGGAGUACGGAUAGCCCAGAUAACCCACACCUCAAACCUUCUCCCCAAGGCUCCAAUGCCAGCCCUGGAUCUGGGUCAAGACCAGGAGAUGUGUGUGAAUCCACAGGCAGGAGGCACAGCUCUACCCCAGAGUACCACACCUUCCCCCAGUCCUGUCGCCCCCGUGGGGGCUCCCUCACUAACCUGGACCCUCGUGGCCUUCGGGGACACAGCCUAGAGAAACACAGCAAGUCACCCACCAGGCUACCAUGUGACUCCCACCCCAAACCCUGCAGCUCUGACCUACUAGCCCAAAAACAGCUAUUGAUGUCAGGGCAGGCAUCAUCAGGCUGUGGGAAGGGCUCAGCUAAAUCAAGCCCAGAGCUGAGUCAGAGACACAAGCCAUUUCACACAGCAGGGGCAGGCUGUGGGAGUCCUGAGGCCAAGCAGGCAGUGAUGGGGACGCCUGAGCACCUAAGGAAAGGGAGGGUGAUCGUUGGUAGUCCAGAGUCUAUACGCCGCCACCAUCACUAUCAGUACAGUCCCGGGGUGGAUCAUGGCAAGGGGAGGUAUAGCAGUGGCUCCCCCGACAGGGAUGGGGGUCAGAGGAGGACAACAGGAGAGGACAUGACCCCCCACCACCAGAGUCUGUACAACGCUCUGAUCUCUGCUGGUUGCUGCACGAACUCCUGUAGGAGCGUAAACCUUUGGGAGAGUUUUGAUUCGUCCUGACCGUGACAUGCCUCUUGAUAUGCUGCUGUGACAAGACAUACCGCAGAGAGAGAGAGAGAGAGAGAGAGAGAGAGAGCAGAAGAAGGUUGGAUGGGUGGAAAGAUGAGUGGAUCGAUGCAUAACCAGAUGGAUAAAUGAUCAUAAAAUUCAAAAUCAAGUAGUGAAGGGCGAGGGAGCAGAUGAGUGAAACAUGGCGACAAAGAGGCAAAACACUGGAAACACUUGAACACUCUCUGCCCUGUCUGCUGCUGCUGCUGCUGCUGCUGCUAUGCAUUUCCUGUGGACCACCAGAAAAGACUGAAUGUCAUUGUUCCGAUGAGCAGAGGCUCAUACCUUGCCAAAAUGAAGAGUGGAAAAUAAAUAAGACAGCUGGGAAUCUUUGUGUUGCCAACAAAAAUAGUCCUACCUCUUUGGAAAGACAGAGCCGUUGUGGAUGAAAGAAGCUGUACACUGAAGAGCGACUCCUCAUGCUAACACUGGAAGUCCCCUCUCUUUACAAUCAACACGCCAGUGAUUAUUUUAAAACUUACGGGCAACAUGUGAUGAUAGUAACUACACUUCCAAAGUCAUUGUGCACCUGGGAUUAAAGCACAAAAGGAGUUACUGAGUCAUUCCAAUCCAAGAGAUAUUUUAUUUGAAAGAGUUGAGUUUUUUAAAAGAGAAGUAUGCUUUAUUGCAAAUUUGGUUAUUGUUCUCUACCAUCAAUGGUAACAUUGUACUCACCAAAGUAAUUACUGACAUGUGGGAAUAAGGCAACACUGCUACAACAAAUAUGGAAAGAAACACAAGGUGGUCGGACAAUAAAACAGGUUUUAAACAAGCUAGUUUAGAUGCUCCAAACCACUUUAGGUGACUGCUUUAUUGUGAGACUGUCACUGAAAGUAACUCACUGAAAGUGAGAGUGUCACAGUUGGUAGCAGGGCUGACCAGGGUCAACCCGUGAUGGCCUCCAACUUGGAGACCUACUUUUGUUGUAGAGACUGAAGAGAAACUCUGGCUCAGCUCUCAGUCCAUUUGUAGUCCGCUGGUUUGGAAUUUCAUUUCUAGUUUCAUUUCUGUGAUUCUUUUCUUACACGCUGCAGUAAUUAGCUAUUAGCUAGUUAAGUGAAUGGUUUCUUAGUCUUAUGUCAUUGUAAUUUCUAUAUCUCUGGACUUUGAUUUGUUGACAAAAGUACAUUUUGAGGACUUGAUGUCCUCGGCCUUGGGUAAUUGGAAUAGAUGGAUUUUUCAGCAUUUUUUUACAUUCUACAGACUGAUUAUGAUUCUGAUUCUGACAAAACGAUUCAUUGAAAAGUAUUAACA